CACAACAACAGAUUCCAUUCUUCCCUCCCGCCAUUUUGGUUACCCGGACCAGUCACUGCUCCGAAUUCCGCCUCUUUCCGAGCCGAAAUUUCCGCGUCUUGAGCCCGAAUCCCGCCGAGAAAACCCGCCAGAAGAUGUCUGUCACCGUUCUGCCCAGUCUGGAGGACAUGUUGGAGCUGUACGGCGCGCCAGUUCCCAUGGAAACGGAAUCAGACGAUCCUAUGAUACCGUGUCCGCCGCCUCCCAGUGAAGGGUGGGAGGCGGCGGAGUCUUGCUCCUUCUUGAAGUCGGGCCUCAAGCAGCGGGUUAAGCGUGAGCAGCGGGUUCGCAAGUUCUCUAAGAAGCACUGAGUCCGAGGCGCGAGGCCUCGCUGUCUGCACUGCCCCAACCUGCUCCCCCCCGGAGCUGAAUGGGCCAGCCCACCACCCCUAUGCAGUGCAGACAGAGGAGCGCCCCCAUGCGGGGCGGACAGGAAGCGCAGGCUGUUGCCAGAGACCCCCCUCCCCCCUGGCCGACCUUGACAGCCUCCCUUCCCUCCACCAACUAGCAGUGCUGGCCCCCGACGAUGUGUAUAGAGAAAUACAAGCAGCUUUGUUUGAGAAUCCAAUCCCACCGAGUGCAGAUGUCCAAUCAACGCCCUUCAUCGCAGCCAAGUCUCCUGAUGAAUCAGCUGACCUCUCACCCUUGUCCCCUGACCUUGAUGACCUCCCCAUGGAUGCCCAGGACCUGUUCGGAUGCGAGAGUUUGGCGCUGUUCGGAGCUGAUUUCUCUCCAUUUGACAAGUUUGAAGACAUCCCCACAGAAAUCAACACCAGCUUGAGCUUUGACGACUUCAGUGAAGUCCAAGAUGACAUCUUUGACCUUAACCUUGACUCUGGUACGGAGGAGAAUGUUUGGACGUUUAGUCAGCGUCUCCUGUCACCGCUGUCCUCCCCCUCUCAGGUCCAGAAUCCUACAAACCACCCCUCCCCUCCAAUGGUCUCUUCCACUGAACCAUCACCUUGUUGUAGCGUUUUUUCACCUUUCCAAGCAGACAGAGCUCCAAUCAUAACAGACGUUUCUUCACGAAGUUGCGACGGACUCACCCUUCGCCAGUUGGUUUCAGCUCCACCAAGCAAACCCCUUUCUCCGCCUGUUAUCGACCUUACUUCAGACUCCGGAGGCAACUCAGCCUCUCGGCCCAUCCAAGGCUCUCAGAGCCCCCUCUACCCCACCCCACCGAGCUCUGCACAAGCCUCCCCAAGAAAAAGCCCUUUCCAUUUCCCAAGUACCCCCAGCACCCCUGUGGAAACCCCAUCUCAAAUCAACUCUACUCCACCCUCCCCGUGUAACACCCAGUCACUUUCAGCUGAGAGCUUGUCUUCCUUGAAGUCUCCGUGUCAGUCCCCUGCGUCUGUCAGCCUUCUGUCUCCCCCAGAGUCGGUACUGUCAUCCCCACCCGGCUCUCACACCUCCAGCCUACCCCCCUCCCCCUCCCCAUCUGUGUGCAGCCUGGGCUCCACAGAGGGGCUGAUCCAGAAGGCAGAGAGCACCCUCACCAGCACGGAGAUCAAGGCCAGAGACAAGGUCAAGCAGGCGGAGGUCCAGGCCAAGACGUCGCGAAACUACCGGCGGUCGCUGGCCCGCUACCACGACCUGGACAAACUGGCGAGCAAUCUGGAACAGGAGAACGGAGAGCUGAGAGAGAAAAUCGAGAGCCUGACGAGUGAGAUAGCUCUUGUCAGGAAGAACAUAGUGCUGGUUAUGGCUGGCAAGAUGCCUGUUUCGUGAACUGUUUUGCAAUGGUUGAAUCUGGGUAGUUAAAAGAGAGAUUGUCCAGGAAGAAGUGGGGGGUAGGGCUUGGGCUUGGGUGUUAUAGCCAGUACAGUAGUUUCAGAAACCUUGAUGUUCACGUAUGUCUUAAGCUUUGUGAAGUUUUGCGUUAAUUUGAUCUAUACUAUAAUAAUGUGUGCUCAUGUAAUGAACAAGGUGAUUGACAAUACUGUCACAUUUGUAACAAGACAUCAGUAACAAGACAUGUGUUUAAACAUUGGAGUUUUUUUGUGUUUCAGGAUCUUGAUUUGUUUUGAUUUCAACGAUGUGUGUGAGAAAGCAUAUCUGAAACAAUGGGCAAGUUGUAACAGGAAGUAACAUGUAUUUCAACACAUACAUGUACAUGUAGUUGAUUAAGAUAGACUUGGAUUCUGGAUGGACAAAAAACUUGUACUCUGUAGAAGAGAUUCUUACUAAUGCUUGUCUCUUUGGUGAUGUCUAGGGUGUGAUGUUGGUGUUGAUGUAUCAAAUGCAAAGUAAUAAAUCUGAAAGCUGCGA